AUGUCGACAGCAUACGCAAUCAUCGCAGGCGUGGGUCCAGGAACCGGCGCCUCUCUAGCCAGAAAGUUCGCCCUCACAUAUCCAGUCGCCCUCCUCGCCCGCAAUCCCGACAACUACACCUCUCUCGUCGAAGAAAUCAACAAGUCGGGCGGCAAAGCCAUCGGUAUCUCCACAGACGUAUCCUCGUCCUCGUCCAUCGAUUCCGCAAUCGCCGAGAUCAAGUCUCAAUACGGCGACAAGUGUGCCGCAGCAGUCUUCAAUGCCAGUGGCCCUUUUGCCAGAAAAAGCAUUCUGGAAUUGACGGAAAAGGAGUUUACGGGUGGCUAUGAGGUUUCCUGGGCAAAGUAUCCGGGUACUCUGAUUUUCACUGGCGCGACUGCAAGUGUCAAAUCGAAUGCGUUGAUGAGUGCGUUUAGCACUGGCAAGUAUGCGAUGAGAGCGCUGUCUCAAAGCAUUGCGAGGGAGUUUGCGCCUAAAGGUGUUCAUGUCGCUCAUGCUAUCAUCGAUGGCGUGAUUGAUAUCCCGAGGACAAAGGAGUGGUUGAAGGAUAUGCCGCCAGAGGCAAAGAUUGAGGCCGAUGCUAUUGCAGAGGCGUAUUGGAAUCUGCAUACGCAGAGCAAGAGGGCUUUCACCAAUGAGAUUGACAUCAGACCUAUGCUGGAGAAGUGGUAG